AUGGACUCUAUCGUCGUAGGCAGAAAGGAUGGAGGUACAGUGCCAGAUCGUUUCUGGGAAGAGGCCAGUGACAUCUUCUACCAAGACCUUGGUAAAGCCAAAAGGGCAAAACUCGAUGACACCAUUCGGCUUGAAGAUACUAUUAAAAGUCGGACAUUGAUCGGAGUAUCUGGUGGCGAGUUUGAGGAGUUCAAGAAGAUCGUGGACGAUGCUAGAGAAAAGCGAGAUGCAUUGAAAGGGACGGCAGAUGUUGCUUUCAAAACAGCCGCUAUUGGAAUAUUGGAAGGUGACUCCAAAAUUCUCGAGGAUGUUUAUGAAGUCAUCAAUGCCGUCAUGGUUCCAGAUCUCAAGGUCAUUCAAGCUGAGCUUUCCAAAACAAGACAGUACGAAGAGGAGAAGGAUUUGGAGAAAGCUUUUCGAGAGCUAAAAGACUGGCUACUGGCCGGCACUUCCGCUAAAAUCCAGGCGCCUAAGGUGCAGCACCUCGGGCAUCUCAAACAUCGACAUCCCGGAAUAUGCAGAUGGAUACUUCGGGCACCCGAAUAUGAGACUUGGCGUGACCAAAAACAUCCGAGCCUUCGACAUCUGUUUGGGGAGGCGGCUACAGGAAAUCGUACCUGGUAUCAAGUAUCGUCGAAGAUUUGA